UAUACAAGAAAAAUAGCUGAACCUGAUGCUUACUCUUCCGCGCCACAAGCGGUGAAACUACGGGGACACAACGGAGGCAGCUUCCUCGCUAGGCUAGCAAAGAAAAAUCAAAGGCGCGGCAGAGAGCAGCUGCUACUGUGCUAUCCUCCUACAAAUAGAGGCCAUUGCUCUUCGUUGUAAUCGUGCAACCAACAACAGCUUGUUUCAAAUGACAGCGAUGGCGAUCGGUGCUUUGCUGGAGCUGCUAUACGUUCUUGGAGGCCUGGCCGCCCUGUGGUUUACCUGGCGGGCGCUGGAGUGGGCAUGGCUCAGCCCCCGGAGGCUGGGCCGGGCACUGCGGGCACAGGGCCUCCGCGGCACCUCCUACCGCUUCCCGUCCGGCGACCUGGCGGAGGAGGCGCGUCUCCUCGCGGCGGAACGAACCAAGCCGAUGCCUCUGCUGUCGCACGCCAUCUGCGGCCGCGUGGAGCCACUGCUCCACAGCACCGUCAAGGAACACGGUAAAGUUUCGAUGGUAUGGGCCGGUCCGACACUGAGAGUGAUCCUCAGUGACCCCAAGCUGGUCCGGGAGGUGCUGUCCAACAAGUUUGGGCAUUUCAGGAAACCCAAGGUGCCCGCCAAUUUGAUCAAGAUGAUCGGCGACGGGCUGUCGAACCACGAGGGCGAGAAAUGGGCCGUUCAUCGGAAGAUCAUCAACCAUGCUUUCCAUCUCGAGAAGUUGAAGAGAAUGUUGCCGGCGUUUACUAGCUGCACGAGUGAGCUGAUCAGGAGAUGGGAGGACUCGAUGGGGUCCGGCAAGGCGCGGGAGAUAGAUGUCUGGCCGGAGUUGCAGGACCUCACCGGCGACGCCAUCUCACGUGCGGCGUUCGGCAGCAGCUUAACUGAAGGGAGAAGGAUCUUCCGGAUACAAUCAGAGCAAGCUCAACUCGCAAAUCGCAUGACAAACCUCUACAUCCCUGGUUACACCUACCUACCAACCAAGCUCAAUAGAAGGAUUAAAGCAAAUGCACGAGAGGUCGAAGGGCUCCUGAAAGGCAUCAUCACAAAAAAGGACAGGGCCAUGAGGAAUGGCAAUGCAGAUGACGGCGAUCUGCUAGUACUUCUAAUGCAGUCCAACAUUAAAGAGAGCAAAAAUGGCGGAAGCUCCAAACCAAUGAUGAGCUUGGACGAUAUCAUCGGCGAGCUGAAGCUGUUCUACUUCGCUGGGAUGGAAACAACUUCGGUGCUGCUCACAUGGACAUUGGUCGUUCUCAGCAAACAUUCUGAGUGGCAAGACCGCGCGAGGGAGGAGGUCCUGCUUGUCUUUGGGAAGAAACAACCCGAUCUUGACGGCACACACCAGCUGAAAGUUGUGACCAUGGUACUCUAUGAGGUUCUUAGGCUAUAUCCACCGAUCACAUGGUUAGAACGGGAGACGUACAAGGAGAUGGAGCUGGGAGGGAUCAAGUACCCACCUGGAGUGAAACUUGUGUUGCCAGUCGUGACCAUUCAUCACGACCCAGAUAUAUGGGGAGAAGAUGUCGACGAGUUCAAGCCGGAGAGGUUUGCGGAGGGGAUCUCCAAGGCCUCCAAGGAAGCACCUGCUUUCUUCCCCUUCGGAUGGGGGCCACGGAUCUGCAUUGGCCAGAACUUUGCACUGCUUGAGGCCAAGAUAGCACUGAGCAUGAUCCUGCAACACUUCUCGUUUGGGCUUUCGCCGUCCUACAUCCACGCUCCGUUCGCCGUCUCUACUCUGCAGCCGGAUCAUGGGGCGCAUGUCAUUCUUGAGAAGAUUUAAUCGUUAAUACCUGGCAGAUAUAAAACUAUUAGUAUUAGACAAAUAAAGCAAAGGACACAAUGCAUAGCCAUAUGAGUGAGGAAAAUACCAGUAUGUGAUGUAACAAUAUACUUUGACAUGAACUCAAGCAUAACACAUAUUGGGAAUUGCUA